GUUGGCGGGUUAGUUAUUGUUUUGAUAAAUUGCAUUACUACAAGCGAAAUACAACAAACUAUCAAAAGCAAAAAAAAGAAUGCCAAUGUGUUUGCGUUCGGUGGCGAAAAAACGUUGAGGCUUAUCCGUUAUUUGCGUGAAACUUUGUUUGUUUGCUGGUUGGUUGGUUUUGGUGGUGUGCAGAGAAUUCCGAUAUCGUGAAUCAAACUUUGCAGCAGUUUUGCAAGGAUACCAGGCAGGGUCGGAUGUGUUGGAGCAUGUUUCGUACACUCUGAUUGGUGGAAUUUGGUUUUUCAGUGAAGUGUGAUGUGGAUAUUCAGUGGUGAAAAUGAACUGAUUUUAAUGCUGGAGCGCUGGUUUAGAUGCUUGGAGAGUUAUUUGACAAGUAGUGUUCAAACAUAAAUGUCAAACAUUCUACUAGAAUGCUCAAUUAUGUGUUCAAAAAAACGAUUAUCAAUACAAGAUAAGUAGUGAAAGUGUUUGUUACUAUAAGGAAAGUGUUCAAUAAACCUAAAACUAUGCCAAAGCAUCAUCACUCACCAGUGCACCAUCACCAUCAUCACCCCGAUCCGGCAUGCAGCGAUCAUCUGGCACACUCGAUCGAUUUGGCGACGACGCUACGCAGCGAACUGGCCGCAUCCACCUACAAGCGGGACCGGCUGAUGGCGGAACUUUCCGAGGCCAAAAGUUCGCUGUGUGCCAAGGAAAAUGAGUGCGAAGCGUUGCGUGCGCAAAGCGCUCGCCAAACUUCCCUCAUCGGUUCACUGCAGCAACGGUUGGCGGCGGCCGAGUCACGGGAGAAAUCACUUCAUUCCCGGACCGAAAGUGUCGUUGGUACUCUGACGCGGGAUAAAAAGCACCUGGAAGACAAGAUUAAGGAGCUGUGUGUGAAAAGCCGACGGUUGGAGUGUGAUUUGACCAAGGAGGAAGGCCAUCGCGAUCAGGCUCGGACCAAUCUACAGGAUUUGAUCCGAAGGUUGUGUCUCUGUCUGGGAAUUGAUGUCUGUGAAGGGGCUCACCUGACGGCGGAAUGUGUUCUCAAUAAGGCCGCCGAAACUGUGGCGGAACUGCAACGGUUGAGAUCUAAAUUGGCCGGAACUUGCGAACAUUUAACUUCGACCGAAGCGGAACUGAUCACCGCCAAAACUACUGCUUCUACCGAGAAAACUCGUCUGCAGACACAAAUCGAAGGAUUGCAGUCGCUUUCCCAGGGUUUGGAAUCGAGAUGUCGCCAGGCAGAACGGGAUCUUCAGGUGACCCGUGAUCGGCUAGCGGAAAGUGAGCUGAACGGAGAUAAGCUGAGAGAGGAGCUCAGAGGUUUCGAGUCUCGCAGCUGUCGAUUACAAAACAAUACCGAUCGGAUGCAAACUGAACGUUUGCAAUUCCUACGUACCUUGGCCAGCAUUGUGGGUGUGAAUGAGCCUUGCGAAAACAAUAUUCGGGAUAAAGUGCGGGAAAUUACGAACCACAACCAGACUUUGCAUGACCAAAUAACACACCUCAAGGAACAACUUCAUCAGGAUGCUGCACGGCACAGCGAACACUUGGAAGGGACCAACUGUCGAUUGAAAUCUGAGGAACAGCACCGUGUCAGUGCCGAGCAGCGUUUGGAGAAGGCUUGUCACGAGCUGCAGCAUCUUAGAGCGGAACACACCACCUUAAGUGAAUACCUGGUCCGACUGGCCCGAGCAUUGAACUGGAGCGAAUGUACGGAACCUCCGGCACCCGGAAGCGACACCACCAUCCUGGGCGAAACUUUGCUAGAGCGAGCGAGUCGUUUGUCGACUCAUCACGAUCACCACAUCCACGGAAUCUGUGAUAAGAAUUGCUGGGAACUAGCGAACCAUCACACGCACUCCCAUUCUCAUCAUCACCAUCAUCAAAGCCAUUUGCCAAAGCUGAGACGCGAACGUUCCUGCACCGAUCUGCCAAUGAAAGAAAGUUCCGCACUGUACAAUUUGCAACGACGGGUUCGUGUCCUCCGGGAACAAGUGCAACGAAGAGACUUGCACCUGGAGCUACUUCGGCGAAAAAUAGCACUGCUAGAGGACAAUGCCAGGGGGAAAGUGAUACUUCAAACCGAACGGGACGAAGCGGUUCACAGAGCACGCAAGAACUCGAAGAAUGCCGAACGAACCGCCGAACAGCUUGCCGAAGUGAAAGCUCAACUGGUGGAGGUGAAAUCACAACUCAACGAAGCAUCCGACUACAAGCUAACGGCCCUGGAACGAUCCCGGAAGUGUGACGAACUGCAGGCACGAUUGUGUCAGCUCGAGGGUGAACGGGAACGGCUGGUGAAUCAACUGGCGGCGUACAAAUCGAAGGCACGUUCGGCCGUCGAAAGUUCUCACGAUCGAAGAGUUCGCGAUGAACAUGCCAUUUCGCAUCUUCGCGACGAACUGUCCCGAGUGAAAUCCCAACUGGCGGACACCGGUCACCGUCUGUCGCAGCUGCAAGCCUUCCGCAUAUCGGUGGCAAAACUGUUGCACAUGCACGAAAGUCCCGAAUCGGAGCUACUCCACAAACUCCAGUCGAUCUGUACCUCGCAGCAUCACUGUACCUGUUUGGGCCAUCGGUACGGGUCGGCAUCACCGCUGGGAACAACGGCCGGAAGUGACCAUCACUGUUCCCGAUAUGACGAUGGACCGGCGACGACGUCCUCCGGUUGUCGGCCGUUAAGUUCCAGUCCGGUUCAUACCAGGCGGUACAUCGAUUCGGGUUUCAACGAUCACGAUAAUCAUUUUGACGAUGAUUUUGAUUUCGGUAAAAAAUACUGAGUCAAACAUUGAACGGAACCGAAGCACGUGGCAUGAGAAAAUAAAAUACAUCAUUUCAGUUAACCAUAAUUUAAGCGAGGCCCCUUCUAAUGUACACUGCUGACAUCUAGACGAGAAUAGGUAAAGCCAACCGGUUGUAGCUAUAAAAUGUUGUAUGGAAUAAAUGUUUAGUAAAAAUUA